AUGACGGGGAAAGCCGGGGAAGCGCUGAGCAAGCCCAAAGCAGAGACAGUGGCCAAGAGCACCUCGGGGGGCGCCCCGGCCAGGUGCACGGGCUUCGGCAUCCAGGAGAUCCUGGGCUUAAACAAGGAGCCCCCCAGCUCGCACCCGCGGGCCGCCCUCGACAGCCUGGCCCCUGGGCACUUGCUGACGGCGCGCUCCGUGCUCAGCCCAGCAGGAGUGGGCGGCAUGGGGCUGCUGGGGCCCGGGGGGCUCCCCGGCUUCUACGCGCAGCCCACCUUCCUGGAAGUGCUGUCUGACCCGCAGAGUGUACACUUGCAGCCGCUAGGCAGAGCGUCGGGACCGCUGGACACCAGCCAGACAGCUAGCUCGGAUUCGGAAGAUGUUUCUUCCAGCGACCGGAAAAUGUCCAAGUCGGCUUUAAACCAGACCAAGAAGCGGAAGAAGCGGCGACACAGGACAAUCUUUACCUCCUACCAACUAGAGGAGCUGGAGAAGGCAUUCAACGAGGCCCACUACCCAGACGUCUAUGCCCGCGAGAUGCUGGCCAUGAAGACAGAGCUGCCAGAGGACAGGAUACAGGUCUGGUUCCAGAACCGCAGAGCCAAGUGGAGGAAGCGGGAGAAGUGCUGGGGCCGGAGCAGCGUCAUGGCAGAGUACGGGCUCUACGGCGCCAUGGUGCGGCACUCCAUCCCUCUGCCCGAGUCCAUCCUCAAGUCCGCCAAGGACGGCAUCAUGGACUCCUGUGCCCCGUGGCUGCUGGGGAUGCACAAAAAGUCGCUGGAGGCUGCGGCCGAGUCGGGGAGGAAGCCCGAGGUGGAGCGCCAGGCCUUGCCCAAGCUUGACAAGGUGGAGCAGGAGGAGCGGGGCGCCGAGCCUCAGGCGGCCAUCUCCCAGGAGGAACUGAGGGAGAACAGCAUUGCAGCGCUCAGGGCCAAAGCUCAGGAGCACAGCACCAAGGUGCUGGGGACUGUGUCUGGGCCCGACAGCCUGGCCCGGAACGCUGAGAAGCCCGAGGAGGAGGAGGCCAUGGAUGAAGACAGGACCACAGAGAAGCUGAGCCCACCACAGCUGGAGGACAUGGCUUAG